GGCCCCUGCCCACGCUGUCUACUUUCCCUGCAUGGGGCCCUGCAGCAAUUCCUGCCGGGGACCCCUGGAGGCACAAUCACCCUCCCGGCCCCCCAAGAGGAGGAAGAAGAGAUACCUGCGGCAUGACAAACCUCCCUACACCUACUUAGCCAUGAUCGCCUUGGUGAUUCAGGCCGCACCCUCCCGCAGGCUGAAGCUGGCCCAGAUCAUCCAUCAGGUCCAAGCGGUGUUCCCCUUCUUCAAGGACGACUACGAGGGCUGGAAAGACUCCAUCAGGCAUAACCUCUCCUCCAACCGAUGCUUCCUCAAGGUACCCAAAGACCCAGCGAAGCCCCAGGCCAAGGGCAACUUCUGGGCUGUGGACGUGAGCCUGAUUCUGGCAGAGGCCCUGCGGUUGCAGAACACGGCCCUGUGCAGGCGCUGGCAGAAUGGAGGCACACAUGGAGCCUUCGUCAAAGACCUGGGUCCCUAUGUGCUGCACGGUCAACCCUACCGGCCUUCUGGUCCCCCGCCUCCCUGCGAAGGCUUCAGCAUCAAAUCCCUGCUAGGGAACCCGGGGGAGGGGGCAUCCCUCAGGCCCAGGCUGGUGCCACAGACCAGCACAGCCCUGGGGGGCACAAGGAAUAACAGGGAGGAGGCAGUACCUAGUCUUCCCCUGCCCUCCUGUGAAAGGCUCCUGUGGCCCCUCUGUCCCCUCCCAGGGCCCACGACAGAGGAGGGGCAGACUUCCCCCAAGGGAGCCAUUGGCCCCACUAUCCUCUCCCCAGAGCCCAGAGCCUGGCCCCUCCACUUAAUGCAGGAUACACCAGCCCUCCGGGGGCUAUCCAAUGGGGGACACAGGCCCUCCCUUUGGGGACAGCUGCCCACCUCCUACUUGCCCAUCUAUGCCCCCAAUGUGGUUGUCCCCUUGGCACCACCACCACCCUCCUGUCCCAGGUGCCCAUCUUCCACCAGCCCAGCCUACUGGAGGGUGACCCCUGAAACUCCACGGGCCCCAAGGCUGCUCUGGGAUCUAGAUGCCUUCUUCCAAGGGGUGCCCCCUAAUAAAAGCAUCUAUGAUGUGUGGGUCAGCCAGCCUCGGGACCUGGCUGCCCCCACCCCCAGCUGGCUGGUCUCCUGGCACAACCUAUGA